AUGGAUAUUCCAAAGUCGUAUGAACGUCUCUCCCUCGAGAAUAUAAAAAUCUCGCAUCACCCUCCCAACGCCCCAGAUGCGACCGCGGUAGUGGUGGUUACCCUGAACCGCCCAGAGAAAUUCAAUGCAUUCACACCGGCCAUGGCCGAGAGCCUCACACGGGCAUUCCAGCUGUUUCAUUAUGACAGCCGUGUUAGAGCAAUUGUACUAACUGGAGCUGGGAAGAUGUUCUGCGCUGGAUCCGAUCUGUCGGUAGGCUUCGGAGACGGCAAAGGCAGGGCGGCGGACUUCAGAGAUAUCGGUGGACGAGUGACACUGGCGAUGCAUCGCUGUGCAAAGCCAACCAUCGUUGCCAUGCAGGGGUCUGCGGUGGGUGUCGGCAUGACAAUGACUCUUCCAGCUGCCAUCCGUAUCUGCCAUGAAAAGAGUAAAUAUGGAUUUGUCUUCACACGGCGCGGUCUGACAGUCGAGUCGUGUGCUUCCUACUUCCUGCCUCGUCUUGUCGGCUUCUCCAAGGCAAUGCAUUUAAUCACGACAGGGAAAGUCCUCCCACCCUCUGCGCAGUAUUUCGGUGAUCUCUUCACAGAGGUACUGCCAGAACAGGCCCAGGUUCUGCCUCGUGCUGUUGAAGUCGCAGUGGAGAUGGCGGAGAAUGUCAGCCCUCUAGCGUCGUCAAUGAGCCGGGCAUUGAUGUGGGAAUGCCCAAGCUCACCGGAGGAGUCUCAUCUUCUUGAAUCCAGGGUAUUCCAUCAUAUGAUCAAUCAGAGCGAUUAUAAAGAGGGCGUCCAGUCUUUCCUGGAUAAGCGGAAUCCUGUCUUUGCACCGCAUCCUGGGGAUGUCGAUUCUGCAAUGUAUCCAUGGUGGUCAGAGACGAACACUGCUGUAAAGAAGGAAAACGGUUCCAAGUUAUAA